AUGUCCGCGACAGACGAGAAACUGCCCACUCACUGCUCCUCAGUUGUCAGCAUCAGCAUCGCCAUGGCCAUCAUGGACAAAGAGCCCCUCCCCGCCGUCCUCGACAACGAGGACAAGGCCUCCACGGCCGAGGGCCAGCUGCACGACAGCACCGCCUCCUACAACCGCAUGCCCGAGUCGCUGCGCGGGCUGACGGAGAUGGAAAUCGACGUCUUGAACCGCAAGGUCGUCCGCAAGGUCGACCUCGUCGUCCUCCCCACCAUUGGGAUCCUGUACAUCCUCAACUACAUCGACCGGCAGAACCUGGCUGCCGCGAAGCUCCAGGGGAUCAUGGAGGACCUCAACAUGACCACCCAGCAAUUCGCCACCGCCGUCUCCAUCCUCUUCGUCGGAUACCUCCCCUUCCAGAUCCCCUCCAACCUCAUCAUCACCAAGAUCUCCCGGCCCGGAAUGUACAUUUGCUGCGCGGUCGUCAUCUGGGGCGGAAUCUCGGCGGCAACAGCUUCGGUCAAAACAUACGGGCAGCUCCUCGCCGUGCGCGCCAUCCUCGGCGCCGCAGAGGCCGUCUUCUUCCCCGGCGCGAUAUACUACCUCUCCGCGUGGUACACCAAGGCCGAACUGGGCAAACGCAUCGCGGGGCUGUACAUUGCGCAGCAAGUCGGCAACGCCUUUGGCGGCCUCUUCGCCGCCGCCAUCCUCGAGCUCGACGGCAUCCAGGGCAUUGCCGGGUGGCAGUGGCUGUUCAUCAUCGAGGGCUCGGCCACCGUCGGCAUCGGCGUCAUCUGCGCGCUCAUCAUGCCCGAGUUCCCGCACAACAGCCGCCUCCUCACCCCGCUGGAGCGCGACCUCGCCGUCUACCGCAUCGAGUCCGAAGCCGGCGCCGCCGAGGGCACGGAGAACGAGUCCGUCCUUCGCGGCUUCGUCAAGGCCCUGUCCGACCCCAAACUCCUGCUCAUGAUCUUUGCCAACAUGCUCUCGCAGACCCAGGGCAGCAUCGCAAACUACUUCCCGACCCUCGUCGCGAGCCUCAACUUCGGCCGCACCCUCUCCCUCCUGCUGACAGCCCCGCCCUACAUCCUCGCCGGCGGCGUCUACUACGUGAUCAUGUGGUUCUCGGACUCCCGAAACACCGUCUACCCGCUGAUCCUCAUCUGCGUCGCCAUCACCGUGGUCAUGUACAUCAUCCCCAUGAGCACGGACAACGUCGGCGCGCGGUACUUCGCCAUGAUGAUCCUCCCCUUUGCCUCCGUCGGCCCGCAGCUCCUGCUGUACAAGACGAUCAACCUGCACCUGGCGCGGCCCGUCUCGAAGCGCGCGGCGGCGUCGGCGCUGGUCAAUGCCAUUGGCGGCACGUCCAACAUCUGGGCGAGCUAUCUGUACUAUGCGCCGCCGCGUUUCUACGCGGCGUUUGGGACGCUGAUGGGGGCCGGGAUCUUGCUCGCCGUCACGGUGACGGUUUAUCGGUGGCUGGUCCGCAGGGAGAAUCGGAGGUUGGAUGGCGGGGAUCCGGGCGAGGUGGCCAAGGCGAUCAGGGGGGGUGUUACCGAGGAGAUGGUUGCGUUGGGGUGGAGGUAUGAGAUGUAUUGA